AUGGAAAGGGAAAAUGCAACCUUGUUGACAGAGCUGAUUCUCACAGGCCUCACAUAUGAACCACAGUGGCACAUUCCCCUGUUCCUGGUGUUCUUGCUUAUCUAUCUUCUCACCAUUGUGGGGAACCUUGGUCUGAUUACUCUCAUCUGGAAUGACCCUCAGCUUCACAUCCCCAUGUACUUGUUCCUUGGCAGUCUGGCAUUUGUAGAUGCCUGGGUAUCAUCCACAGUGACCCCCAAGAUGCUGGUCAACUUCUUUGCCAAGAACAAAACGAUCUCUCUCUCUGAAUGUAUGAUACAGUUUUUCUCUUUUGCAAUCAGUGCAACGACGGAAUGCUUUUUGCUGGCAACAAUGGCUUAUGAUCGCUAUGUGGCCAUAUGCAAACCAUUACUUUACCCAGUGAUUAUGUCCAAUACACUGUGCAUCCGACUGUUAGUUUUGUCACUUUUAGGUGGACUUCUCCAUGCCAUAAUUCAUAAUGCUUUGUUAUUCAGACUAACCUUCUGUGAUUCCAUCAUAGUACAUCACUUCUAUUGUGACAUUAUACCCCUGCUUAAGAUCACCUGUACUGACCCUUCUAUUAAUUAUCUGAUAGUAUUUAUUUUUGCUGGGUCAAUACAGAUGUUCACCAUUCUGAUAGUUCUUGUCUCCUACACACUAGUGCUCUUCACAAUAUUAAGAAAGAAGUCUCUACAAGGCAUAAAGAAAGCCUUCUCCACCUGUGGGGCCCAUCUCUUAUCUGUUUCCUUGUACUAUGGUGCUCUGGCCUUCAUGUAUGUGCGUCCCGUAGCUGCACAGUCAGAAGAGCAAGAUAUGAUAGACUCUCUCUUUUACACCAUCAUAAUUCCUUUCUUAAACCCAAUUAUCUACAGCUUGAGAAACCAGAAAGUCAUAGAUUCAUUGAGAAAAACAUUAAAGAGAAAUUCUUAG